AAACAAGACAAAAAAUGGCAAAACGCAAAGCAACAGAAGCUGGUCUUUGUGGGAGUAAAGAUGAGCCCAGAAGAUCGAGCCGACGAACGAGCGCUGUCGUGAAGGAAGAGAUAAGACCGGAGAUCGAUGGCGCGUCUACCCCGGCGAAGAAAGGGGCGAAGCGUGGAAAGGCAGCGGCGAAGGUUGUGGAGAAGGUAGCUUCUGAGGAUGAGGGUGGUGAGAGUCCGGUUGAUGAUGGGAGCGAGGAGGAAAAAAUGGUUGUGAAGAAGGUCAGUUUCUCUUUUGUGAAAUCCUUGUUGAGAUUGCCUUGUUUGGUGGAUGAGAUACAACCGGGGCAGGACAUUGGGUUAUUCAUAUAUCUAACAGGUACUAGGCGCCUCCCAAGUCAAGUAAAGCAUCUAAAUCCAGCAAAUCGAAACCUAUCAAAUCGACUACCAACGGAGCCACAGACUCCUUGACACCGUCUGGCCGCCAGUAUUGGCUUAUGAAAGCGGAACCAGAGUCUCGAAUUGAGAAGGGUCAUGAUAUUAAGUUCUCAAUUAAUGAUCUGGCCGCCAAAACCGAACCAGAGCCAUGGGAUGGAAUUCGCAAUUAUGCAGGUAGGUUACUGCACAAAAUUCCCAAAUUUCUAGGACAAGUAGAGCUAACAUCACAUAGCCAGAAACAAUCUUCGAGCAAUGAAGAAGGGCGACCAAGCUUUCUUUUACCAUUCCAGCUGUAAGGUGCCUGCUAUAGUUGGAACCAUGGACAUUGUGGAAGAACAUACCCCGGACUGUAAGUUUCCUAAUACAUGUAAUAGAGUAGUUGUAAAUUCUAAUUUCGUAUUUAGUGUCUGCUCAUGACUCAUCAAAACCAUACUACGAUCCAAAUUCCAAGCCUGAUGAUCCGAAGUGGUCCGUUGUUCACGUCAUGUUCCGUCAAAAACUCAAGACUCCAAUCACCCUGAAGGAGCUCAAGGAGUGGCAAACGCAAAAGGGUCAUUCGCUCGAGAACAUGCAAAUGCUGAAGUUGGCGAGAAUGAGUGUUAGUAAAGUUAGUGCGGAGGAAUGGGAGUUUCUUGUUGGGGAGAUGAAAAAGAGGGGCGAUGAGGUCAAGUAGGGUAGCCUGUGACCUUGUACCCUAUCUGGGCGAUGAUGUACAGUAAGAUAUGUAUGACUUGGUGAGUAGAUUUUAUACGAUGACAUUCUACACGUUGAUGUUUUCGCGUCAAAAACAACAAGGGUUUCCGUAAUGCUAGUGUACCAACUGACCUACCGUACCAAAUUUCUUAAGUUGUUAUUCUUUCAGUCAUGUAAUGCUUUUAUAGGAAAAUAGAUUUUUGUAUAAAGGAGAUUUUUUAUUUUAUUUAAGGGGAUUUAUAGGGGUUUGACAAAGUUGACAAAGUUCUAUCUAAUAAUACAGUAGGCUUUUUAAGCACAAGAAGAAGAAUAUGAAAUGUACGAGCAUAGAGAGAAGAUGAGACCAAA